AUGGCGUCGAACAAGAUCGAGCGGGGUCACCAAAUGUACCGUGACGGACUCUACAAAGAGGCGUUAGGGUUCUACACGGAAGCGAUCGCUAUGGCGAAGACGAAUCCACAGAAGAUCGCUUUGCAUAGUAAUCGUGCUGCUUGUUUCCUUAAACUUCAUGAUUUCAAGAAGGCAGCAGAAGAAUGUACCUCGGUGCUUGAGCUUGAUAGCAAUCACAGUGGAGCAUUGAUGUUGCGGGCUCAAACAUUGGUGACCCUGAAGGAAUACCAUUCUGCACUUUUUGAUGUCAACAGACUCUUGGAGUUGAAUCCAUCCUCCGAGGUCUAUCAAAACCUUCAUGCACGCUUGAAGACACAGUUGUCACUUACUCCAAUACCUGAGUCAGAAGAGGAGUUUGAAGAACAGGAAGAUGAGAAGGCUGAGGUGAUGCUAAAAGGUGAGCAAAAGAAGGAAGACAUAGGACAGAAACAUGCGGCAACUUCUAAUGUUAGGAUAGAUCAAAAGGUUGAGCUUGGCAAAGGUGUAAUUAAUAUUGAAUGUACCCCUAAAGAAACAGACCCCAAGUUUUCAUCCAAACAGGGAAGAGACCAAAACUAUGAGCCUAUACAGUCAACAGAAGAACUUAAAAUUCCGAGAGCACUAAACAACGAAUCAGCAGAGCAAGGAUGGCAAACAAUUCCAAAACCAAAAGGACAUUCAGCUCUGGACUAUGCACGGUGGGACAGUGUUGACAAUGAUUCUAGCGAAGAUGAUGAAGAUGACGACGAUGAAUCUUUUCCCCAGUACCGUUUUCGUGUGAAAACAAUUGGUGUACGUCCUGUGAAAUGA